AUGGCGGGAGUUUGGAGGUACAAAGGAAGGAUUUGUGUGCCGAAUGUGGGAGAUUUAAGGCGUGAUGUGCUGAUAGAGGCUCACAGGAGUGGAUUCUCGAUUCAUCUUGGGGCUAUCAAGAUAUAUCAAGACAUAAAGCAGUCUCCACCAAUCGUCGCCGCCGUCCGUCGGAGUGGGAGAUUGCUGCCGCCGUCCGUCGCACUCAAGAACUACCGUCUUCGUGCUCUCGGGCCUCUCGCCGGAUCCUCCGCGUCGUGUGCUCGCAUCUCGCCUCUCUCCUCUGUGCUCGGCUGCUCGCGCCUCCCUCCGCCAGUGAGUGCUCGAGCUGUGCGCGUUGGUUGUCUCUGCUCGAUUCUGCCUCCCAGUGUCACUCGAGUCUCGUCUCAGUCACUGGCAUCUCGUGGUUCGCCUGUCUCGUCACCGGCGGCAGAAGCAACUCGUGGGGUUGUCUCUUGCUUCGUCGCCUUCCGUGGGGUGGUCGCUGACUCGCCGUCGACCGUUGUUCUGACUGAAGCGGCAAAGAUGAAGGAGAAUAAGGGAGAAGAAGAAGAAGAAAAAAAGGAGAUGAGUCGGAAGGAGAAGCGGAAGGCAUUAAAGAAAAUGAAACGGAAGCAAAUCAGGAAGGAGAUUGCAGUUAAGGAGCGGGAAAAGGAGGAGGCUCGCAUCAACGAUCCCGACGAGAAGAGGAGGAUGCAACUUCUGGAGCAGCAGGAGGCUGAGAGAAUGGAGAGUGACAGGAAGCUUUUCGAGGAAAGAGAGAGGGCUUGGAUGGAGUUACAGCAGAGGAUCCAGCAGCAGCAGGAGCAACAACAGCAACAGAUAGACCUUCUUGAAGAAUCACAGUCGGCACGCAAUGAUAAUGGUAGUGACAAUGAUGAUGAUCAAUGGGAGUAUGUGGAGGAAGGGCCUCCUGAGAUUAUCUGGCAAGGAAAUGAGAUUAUCCUCAAGAGGAACAAAGUGAGGGUUAGGAUUUCAAAUAAGGAAACAAAACAAAAUCAGCAUGCUGAUGAUGCUGAUAGACCUACCUCAAAUCCUUUACCCCCAGAAUCUCACUCAAAUUCAUUCGCUCAGCAGGUGCUGGAGAAUGUUGCUCAACAAGUACCCAAUUUCGGAACAGAACAGGACAAAGCUCAUUGCCCUUUUCAUUUAAAAACUGGAGCAUGCCGAUUUGGUCAACGUUGUAGCAGAGUCCACUUUUACCCUGAUAAAUCCUGCACCCUUCUGAUGAAAAACAUGUACAAUGGUCCUGGCCUGGCUUGGGAGCAAGAUGAAGGCCUUGAGUACACGGAUGAGGAGGUUGAACGCUGUUUUGAAGAAUUUUAUGAUGAUGUUCAUACGGAGUUCCAGAAAUUUGGAGAAAUUGUGAACUUCAAGGUGUGUAAAAAUGGUGCAUUUCACUUGAGAGGAAAUGUCUACGUUCAGUAUAAACAUUUGGACUCUGCUCUGCUUGCUUACAACACUGUUAAUGGGCGCUACUUUGCUGGGAAACAGGUAAGUUGUAACUUUGUUAGUUUGACAAGAUGGAAGGUUGCCAUAUGUGGCGAGUAUAUGAAGUCAGGUUACAAGACUUGUUCUCAUGGAACAGCAUGCAAUUUUAUACACUGUUUCCGAAAUCCUGGUGGAGACUAUGAAUGGGCUGAUUCUGAUAGACCGCCCCCAAAAUAUUGGGUGAAAAAGAUGAUAGCAUUAUUUGGUUAUUCUGAUGAUUAUGAGGCUUUAGGGGAGCGAGAAAAUUUGAGUUUGCAAAAGAAUACCGGGGAGAUGUCAAGAUCAGAUUCUUUCAGGUACCACUCAAGUAGAUCAAGAUCUAGGGAGAGGGAUCAGUUGAAAAGUUAUUCUAGCAGAAGAAAACAUGGAGACGAACGAAGGCAAAGAACUCCCGAUGAGGCAUGGAAUGCCCAUUCAAAAGAGAAUAAGCACAAAACUCUGGUUUCUGAAUCCAAUAGGGAAUGGCUAGAAAAAGAUGAAAAUAGGGAAAGUCACCAUAAACAUUACAGAAAAAGCUCGUUACAUAGUGACAAGGAUGACAGUCGCAGAAGCCAUGAUGAGGAUUUUGAUACAGAUUUGACUAUAACUGGUAAGGACGAUGAAGUAGAACAUGGAAAAGAACGACGACACUGUAAGAAACGGAAGAGAGAUAGAAGGGAUCGGAUUUAUGAGUCCGAAUCAGAGCACCAUACCAGUAGAAGGAAAAGUUCACGGCAGCACAGUAGGGACAAUAGAACCGGUGAAGCUGAAUCUAAUAAAGAUUUGUUUGAUCAAGGAGACUUGGAACCUCAUGAUAGCUCUAGGAAAAACUUGAGACACAGGAGGUUUAACCAUCGAGAAGACAACAAAGACUAUGAUAGUGAACAUGAUGAAGUUGAUGGAGAUUGGUCACGGAGAGAGAGACACAGAAGAUCUGGCUAUCGAGAAGACAUUAAAGACCAUGAAAAUGAAUGUGAUGAAGUCGAUAGAGGUUGGUCACGGUGGGAUGGGGACGGAAGAUCGCAUCAUAAAAAGAAGUGUUCAAGACACCACCACUCACCAGAUGUUGGAUUACAGUGAUGUAGACAUCUAAGAAUGCAAGUAAGCUUAACUUUUGUAUUCCUGUGAUGAUGCUUUAUCAUCUUUUGUACAAUCUCUUCUCUUAGUGUUUCCUUUUUUUUUCUUUUUUUUUCCUUCUAUGAAACAAAAAAAGAAUGCAAGUCAAACGAGCAUCAGGUUUGUUUUUGUAAAUUCUCAUUAUAGUGAGGAGAUUGGUUAUGCUAUUAAUAUUGGCUAACAUUGUUUAAGAGAGAGCUGUGAAAAUAGUUGUAGUCAGAUGGUUUAUUCUUUGCAUACCGGACGUGGUAGGAAAAGAGAGAUACUAGUAAGAUUGUUUCAAUUAAAGUAAUGAAAAUCUUUUUCAAGAUAUAUGACUUUGGUGUUGCUCAGUACUGGUGGCACACCUGUAGUUCGCUAGUAAUAAAUUGUAUUGUUUUCAA